GUCACCAGGAGCUCACACAGGCCACAAUAGUCGCACAUUUUCGCGACUACCAGCCAGAAAAAUUUUCCGGCCAAGGAGAUCCUCGCAUAGUAGAUGAAUGGGUUCAGGGCCUCGAGAUGAUUUUCGAGGUUAUGGACUGCCCUGAUCGUUAUCGCACGUUAUGUGCACAGAUCCAGCUGACCGGUGAUGCCCGACUCUGGUGGAAUGCCUAUUGGAGUAUGCGCCCCGGCGAGAAAGAAGGUUGUACGUGGGACCAAUUCAAGGAGCUGAUCCGAGAGAAGUAUUAUCCCUCGUAUUACCGAGCAGACAUGGAGCGCCAGUUCUUGGCACUCACCCAGGGUACUCGUUCUGUUGACGAGUACGGGAGAGAGUUUACCCGUCUCGGAGCCUUCGUACCCGAUCUUGUAGGUACAGAGGCAAAGAGAGCCCACCAUUUCACCGACGGACUUCGCCCAGCAGUCCGCCACAACAUCGUAGGUCACGAUGUCCAGACCUACGCUCGCACAGUUGCCAUUGCUCAAGAAUUAGAUGCCAGUACCCGACUAGAAGCUAUCCAGACACCAGCCCAGCCAGUUGCUCAGCCACCAGCUCAGCCAAAGUUGCUCCACCAUCGAAGAAUCAGAAGAAGAGGAAGUUCAGAACCACUCUUGACGACAGGAGGACCCGUCCCAGACAAAUACCAGUUUGUCCAACAUGUGGAAAACACCACCGUGGAGAAUGCCUUGUGGGCCAGAACAUCUCAACAGCCAUGUGGCAGACAACAGGCCCGCGUCUUUGCAAUUGACCAGAGAGAGGCCGACCAGCACCCAGGUACCAUGUCCGGGAUGAUUAUUCUUAAUGAUGUGCAUGUCUAUGCCUUAUUUGAUACUGGAGCGACCCAUUCCUUUAUAUCACGACGAUGUCUCGAAGCUAUUGGGGUUCGUUCUACUAUCGCUGUCGAUCCUCUCGAGGUGAGUUUAGCCUCGGGACGGAAGAUAGUGACUGAUGCUGAAGCCACCGAUCUCAGCCUUUCCAUUGGCGGCCGUAUUUUGAUUACUGAUGCUUAUGUUAUCGAGAUGAGGGAUUUUGACCUCAUACUCAGUAUGGAUUGGCUAACAC